AUUCCAAAGGGUCCGUUGGGUUUAUCGUAAACAACGAACCAGCAUAGUUACGAGACACAUAAGGAAGAAAAUCUGUCAAGAAUAUAUUUUCUCGAGAAACUUAUUCAUCUCUUGCGUCUUUCGUUGGUUCAUUGUUUGUCGGUAGAGUAUUGUGGUGACCAGAAGCCGAUCAGUUUUCAAUCAUCAGCGCUUCAUAUGUCUCUUUUGAUCUUUGUUUGACUUCCGAUCGACUUCUCAACUUGUGAUUUUCAGGGCCUGAAGAUGAGGCAUGAGCUUCCAUGGCUUUGGAAAGUAGAAAGCAGACGGCUUCUAUGGCUAUUGGGACUCACAUUUGCUCUCAUCGUCACCUUUCAAUACAUCGAGCUACCAUACGCUAUCUCCUCCCUCUUCUCUUCCACCAAGAUUCCCUUUUCAAGAAACUCAACUUCUCUCUUAGGAGACGGUGAGCAUCACAAUGGUAACUUAACUCCCGCCAUGGCGCCGAGCUUUUCCCAAAAGAAUUCAACUUUGACAAAUUCCGAGGGAGAUGAGGAAGAAGUUGAGGUUGAUCAGAUAUUUGAUAGCAGAGGAAAUGCGACUGCUCCCUCUGCAUUGCCAAACGCAACCGCGCAUAACGCUAGAGCAGAGGCCCCGGUUUCAUUACCUGGUUUCACUCCAUCUUCGGUUAAGGAAAACGCAACCGCUCAUAACGCAGAGGCCCCGGCGGAUGCAUUACCUGGUUUAAACCCAUCUCCCGUAAAGGAAAACGCAACCGCGCCUGCCGCUUACGCAGAGGCCCCGGCUGUAUCACCUGGCUUAAAGAAAAAUGCAACAACACCUGUUGCUAGUGUAGAGGCCCCUGCUUUAUUACCUGGUUUAAGCCCAUCUCCGGUUAAGGAAAACGCUACCACUAGCCAGGUACCAAAAAAGAAUCCUACUAAAAAAGCAGUUGGUGAUGCUUCUCCUGUUGUGAGAUUUGUUCCUGACUUAAAGGAGAACGGGAAAAUGCCUGAUUCUGGAGUGAUGUCAAUAUCCGAGAUGAGCAAGAAGUUGCGUGAAAACCGUAUUUCCCAUAAUCGCUUAGCAAAGAAACCAAAAUGGGUUACUAAACCUGACCUGGAGCUUUUACAAGCAAGAUAUGAGAUAGAGAAUGCACCGAUCGAUGACAAAGACCCUCUCCUCUAUGCUCCUCUCUAUCGCAAUGUUUCCAUCUUCAAACGGAGCUAUGAGUUGAUGGAGAAGAUGUUGAAGGUUUAUGUUUACAAAGAAGGAGAUAGGCCUAUAAUGCACAGUCCAAUGCUCAGAGGGAUUUAUGCAUCGGAAGGCUGGUUUAUGAAACUUAUUGAAUCCAACAACAACAAAUUUGUCACAAAGGACCCUUCAAAAGCUCAUCUUUUCUAUUUACCCUUUAGUUCCCGUAUGCUCGAGGUGACUCUAUAUGUACAGGACUCUCACAGUCACCGAAAUCUCAUUCAGUAUCUAAAAGACUACAUAGACUUCAUUUCCGUUAAAUACCCUUUUUGGAAUCGAACUUCCGGAGCCGAUCAUUUCCUUGCCGCCUGCCAUGACUGGGCUCCAUCUGAGACGCGUAAGCACUUCUCGAAAAGUAUAAGGGCUUUGUGCAACUCUGAUGUCAAAGAAGGCUUCGUCUUUGGAAAAGACACAUCUUUACCUGAGACAUUCGUCAGAGAUCCUAAGAAACCACUAAGUAGCCUCGGUGGAAAAUCUGCGUCACAAAGGCCAAUACUUGCUUUCUUUGCUGGAAAACCCGAACAUGGGUAUCUCAGACCAAUCCUCCUCUCUUACUGGGGAAACAACAAAGAUCCCGACUUGAAAAUCUUCGGGAAACUUCCGAGGACUAAAGGAAACAAGAACUACCUUCAGUUCAUGAAGACUAGCAAGUACUGCAUUUGCGCCAAAGGCUAUGAAGUGAACAGCCCGAGAGUCGUUGAGGCCAUUUUCUAUGAUUGUGUUCCGGUUAUUAUAUCUGAUAACUUUGUGCCGCCCUUUUUCGAGGUUUUGAAUUGGGAAUCGUUCGCGCUUUUUGUGCCGGAGAAAGAUAUACCGAAUCUGAAGAAGAUCCUGAUGUCGAUAUCGGAACGUCGGUACAAGCAAAUGCAGAUGAGGGUGAAGAAAGUGCAGAAGCAUUUUCUUUGGCAUGUGAAGCCAGAGAAGUUUGAUAUGUUUCAUAUGAUUCUUCAUUCGGUUUGGUUUAACCGAGUUUUCCAGGUUUCUGUUUAGAGGCUCAACAAUUCAUUGUACAUUUUUUACAGAUAAAUUUUCUGAGGAUACUCAGUUACAAAAA